AUGUUUGAACUUCUUGUCGAAGAACUUGUUUCGCAGAUUGGGAAAGGAUACCACAUCCACGCCCUCGACCUUGAUACUAAAGCCCCCACGUUCCUCAAGUCCGUCGUUAAAGGGAAAACACCACCAAGGCUAUUUCCGCACAAGUCACGGCCAGCAGUACCUUGCGCAACAUACUCCCGAGUACUCCCGGCCGAGCUCACCCCGGGCGGAGACUUCGAGACAGAUUACCUUUGCGACAAUUACGUCUACAAUGUCCGCUUUAUCCCGCCUCGCGCCCCGGUGUCUAGCGUAGCUUACUCCUGCCUUAUACAGCAUAUCUGCCUCGUCUUCACGUACAACACUUUAUCGAGGGCAUCGUGGGACGAAGUAGUCGCCGCCUACGAGAAGAUACGCAACCGCUGCAAAGACGGGGUCCUCCCCUUUCUUGCGACAAUAAUCGCCGCUAUGGGUGAAGCGUCUGUGUCGCACGCGGAAGCCGAGGCGUUUGCAACCCAGCGGGGCUAUGUCUUUGUUAAGUUCUCGCCUAUCACUGGGCGCGGCAUCUGCGAUGCGGUCGGCUCGCUGGUUGAGCUAGCGCACGGCGCUCGUGGUCAAUAUACUAUGGAUAAGGAGGGGUAUACCCAGAGGUUCAAGAGGGCGGAAACAUUUCAGGCAUUAUUUCCUAGCUAG